ACUGUCUUUCGCGGGGACUAAUUGCUUUGAGCUACCUGGUAGUGUGGCAGAGUCAGAGAACUUUCAAAAUGGUGAAUCGACGCUUCUCUCGGGUAGCCACCAGCGAUGACGACGAAGACGAUCGUCCCAAGCAGCUGCGCCAGAGGAAGCGCAUGAAGCUUCUCGAGGAGGAGGAGGAAGAAGAAGAAGAUGAGGAAGAGGAAGAGGAAGAUGAAGAUGAUUACGACAGCGACGAUGACAACACCUCCCAACAUAGUAAGAAGAAGAAUAAGAAGAAGAAGAACAAUGAGGGCAGAGGGAAAGACAAGGCCAAGGAAGCAGAAAAGGCGGCGGAGGAGUCACCUCAGGAGGACGCUAAGCCCCUCGGCGAUCCCAUUAGGGUUUCUGGAAAGGGAAGAGGUCGCAAGAAGCAUUACCAAUCCUUCGAAUUCGAUGGCAAUCAAUAUACACUCGAGGACCCUGUACUUCUCGUGCCCGAGGAAACAGACCAAAAGCCCUAUGUUGCAAUUAUUAAGGACAUCACACUUACCUGCAAUGGCAGCAUGAUGGUGACAGGGCAGUGGUUUUAUCGUCCAGAAGAAGCAUCACAACAGGAAGGGGGACAUUGGCAAUCACAAGACACAAGGGAGCUGUUUUAUAGUUUUCACCGUGAUGAUGUUCCUGCUGAAUCUGUCAUGCAUAAGUGUGUGGUGCAUUUUAUUCCACUGCACAAGCAGCUUCCGAAUCGAAAGGAGCAUCCGGGGUUUAUUGUGCAAAAGGUAUAUGACACUGUUGAAAGAAAACUCUGGAGGCUAACGGACAAGGACUAUGAGGAUGUUAAACAGCAAGAACUUGAUGAGCUAGUACAGAAAACUCUACAACGUAUCGGUAAACUGCUUGACAUCGAACCUUCAGAAGCAUCUGCUGAUCAGGAAGAUUUGACAAAAAAUAAAAGGAACACAAGGACAAAGAGUACUUCACCUCGUGAUGUUUCCGGGAAGGAUGACGGAAAUCCAAAGGGCGACCAACUUCUGAAGCCUGAAACACAAGGGAAUAGUGUAAACAAUGCCUCAGAGUAUUAUCGUAUAUUAGUGAAGUUUGAUGUGCUAACCGGAAACACUCAUCGUGAUAAAUGGUUGGAGAAGUUGCUUGGGCACGUUCAUUACAUGUGUAAAUCUGAUGACAGCAUUAAAAGGGAUGACAAAAGAUUGGAGAAUGUCAAUUCUGAUGAAAUUAACAAUAAAAAUCCAGAAUCAGCAAAUGACCUUCAAGACACGGGCCAGAAGAGUUCCAAGUCUUUUGUCUGGCCAGAUACUGCUGUUACAGCCAUAGUUGCACUUGAAAAAGCUUCAAAUGACGCCUUUUCAUCGGAUUUCCAGAAGUACAAUAAAAAGAUACGGCAAUUAGAUUAUAAUAUCCAUAAUAAUGCACUGCUAGCACGCCGCUUAUUAAAUGGAGAGCUGGAACCGGCAAAAAUAGUAAAUAUGGCACCAAAUGAAUUGAAGGAGGCUAUUACUGCUGAAGAAAAGGCCAAGGAAGAACCUGAUGAAUCACAACUCAUACAGAUGACAGAUGCCCGGUGCCAAAGAUGUAUGGAAUUGAAGGUGGGCUUGAGGGAAAUUAUCCAUGCUGGACACGGUGACAGAUAUCAGCUUGAAUGUGUUGCCUGUGGAAAUUCCUGGUAUGCCUCCCGGGAUGAGGCUUCUUUGCUGACAAUAGAUGCACCAGUUUCAAAGAAAAGUCUAAUAACAGCACCAUCGAGCACUUCUAAAAUUGAAGAUGAAGAGAAGAAGCUGAAAGGCCCCCAUGAGUCUGAAAAGUUAGCCCCUGAAAAAAAGAAAGCAAGUGAAGCUUGUAUACCUGAAUCGGAUGCCCAGAAAUCAUUUGGCAAGUCCGGGAAUGAUGACAAUAUUGAGACAACAAAACAUGUUGAUUAGGAAUAUUUGGUCCUGUCUGUGUAGUCUUUAUCAGAUGUUUUUUGUUUUUUGUUUAACAUUGUUGUGUACAGUUCUCUCAGUUUGACGGCAUACAACACAAGGGACUCUUCUUGUGCAUAGCUUUCAAUAAGCUAAAAUGUUACCUCACAGGCUCAUAUAGUGUCAUACAUCAUAUAGGAUAGUCUCACAUCAUAGCAGGAGAUUAUAUGACUAUGACUUUUGUUUUGUAAGUGGAUAUGGCUAGACGCUCCAUGGGAAAACCAUGCACUUUUGAGUUGACGUCGUAGAAUUACUAGCCACAUUAGAUUAUUAAUACUAUAAAAUUAUUUAAAA